CUGACACAGUUUCCGUGAAUGAAUCCGGAAGUGACGCACAUCUCCGACAGUCCUGCUGCGCAGUGUUCGUAGCCAGUCUUAGAGUGCGAGGCGACCAUCAAGGGCUAAAAUCAGAAAAAGAGAUCGCGCUUGUUUCUGUGCUGUUAUUCGCAGGGAGGAGACACAGAAUCCACAUCACAACACGAGCAGACGAGCCAAACAAUCAACAUUAUGAAUCCUGUCUACAGCCCUGCACAAACAGGGGUUCCCUAUGCCAACGCUAAAGGAAUAGGAUACCCAGCUGGAUUUCCAGUUGGCUAUGCAGCGGCUGCCCCUGCAUAUUCCCCCAGCAUGUACUCUGGAGCAACACCAGCAUUUCCUACAGGUUAUGCCCAAGGGACACCAUUCAAAAUGUCCUGCUCUCCAACAACAGGUGCUGUACCCCCCUACUCCUCUUCCCCUAAUCCUUACCCUGCUGCUGUGUACCCUGUGAGGAGCUCUUAUCCUCAGCAGAAUCCCUAUGCUCAGCAAGGCACUUACUACACACAGCCUCUGUACGCCGCACCACCUCAUGUUAUUCAUCACACUACAGUGGUUCAGCCCAAUGGGAUGCCAGCGGCUAUAUACGCUCCUCCCAUCCCUCCUCCACGCCCUAACGGAGUUGCCAUGGGAAUGGUAGCAGGAACUACUAUGGCAAUGUCUGCGGGAACAUUAUUAACAACUCACUCCCCAACUCCAGUAGCUCCCCACCCAGUCACAGUGCCCACAUAUCGAACUCCUGGCACACCCACCUACAGCUAUGUGCCCCCUCAGUGGUGAACAGAAAGCACUGUUAGAAGAUGAUAGAUAUGCAUUUGCACAGUCCAGUAUUUUACAGUUGGGGCUGAUGCCACAUGUGUUCCCAGCCAGUCGUUCUUCCUUCUAAGCAUAAUGUGAAUCUGAACCCCGUUGGACGAAGAAAGAAAAUUUUGGAGUGGGAAUAAAAACCUUUACGUUUCUGAUCACAUUUGUUAGCAUUACUCAUGUACUCCGGCAUAUCUCACAUCAGAAGACUAGCUCUUCACGCAGACUUGUGUUUUGUGGACUGUCUUGCAGUUUUUAUAGCAUAUAACUCUUGAAGUGGUUAAAAAAUGUGAAGGGUAACGGACUUAGUUUGUAUUUGGAAUCCAUAUUGAAGUGAGUGCAUGUACGUAUUGAAAAUAAUUUCGCUAGCUGAAUCUACCUGCCAUGAUUGAUGCAAAACCAUUAAAGGGUUAUAAGAAGCAACAUCCAAAGGGUCAGGGUCAACGCAGCAACUUCAUUCAAUGCAGUGUCUUUGUUAAAACAUAGAAAAUAUAAAUUGUUGUCCUUUUUUAAAUUUUUUUUUAAAGAAGACAGUGUUGUAAAGUUUUUACAUUUGUUCGAUUUUAACAUGGGUUUUAUUUUUUAUGUAAGUCUAAAUUAGAUGUCUGUAUCGGAGUAGCAUUUGUUGUUGCUCUUCUGCCACUUUGUAUGUGAAUGUUGGUUUGGGUAUUUUUUUAUUUUAUUUUAUUUUUAGUUUUUUUUUUGUGCCUCAAGCACAGUUUACCAUUUCUGUUUUGAUGGUUUAUCAUUCCUCAUGCUCUUGCUUGAAAAUUAUUGCACAUCUUUGCCUGUGUGGAAACAGAUUGGUUGGCUGAUAUGCCAAACAUACCGGUGUAUUGGUGCUGAAAGCAUGCCUACUUAUUUCUGUGCUUUUAGGAUUUGCAUUUGCUAAGAAUUAGAAGAUAGCGUGAUGGUUGAAUCAUUGCUUAUCUAACACAUUUUCAGAUGUAGUAAAACAAAUGUGUGUUCAAUUUAUAACCCAGGCAUAUUCGAUAACACUACUGAGGACAUAGUAAGUUAUUUGGUUAAGAAACCCCCAAAACACUUACAUUGCUUGUUACCUCAAGAUUGCACCAUUACUGACUGAAUUUCAUUGUCUUUUUACUUAUUCAUAUUUGCCUAUGUCGCCUUGGUUAAAGAAUGUUUUGUAAUGUUUGUGUUUUUGUUUUGUACUUUCAAGAAAGACCAAAAAUAAAUACAAUAAUAAA